UGAGCGGAAAUCAGCCUCCAAAACAAAGUUUUCACCCAAUUAAAAAUGAAAUAAUUGAAAGGUUUGUUUUUUUCUUAAUUUAAAAAUUUAAUUUUUUAGUGAACCAAUUCCCGGUACUUCAACUACAAAUUUACAAAAUUUGACAGACUUGAGAAUUCGGAAUUCUUUAAAUACAAUUUUAAUUCAGCCAAAUAAUCAGGAUAUUUUGGCUAGUUCGCAAAUGAGACCUCCAAAAGCAGAUUUGACUAAUUUUUGGUGUUUGGUUUAUUAUUAUGAAAUGAAUGAACGUGUUGGGGAAGUUUUCAAGUCUGAAUGGAAACAGGAACUGAAUGAAUAUCCACAGCUUAUAAUUGACGGAGGUGUUUGUGCUUCAGCAGAAAAUACUCGUUUUUGUUUGGGUGUUAUUGGGAAUAUAAACAGAAAUCCAUUUGUUACAAAAGUUGGCCGUUCAAUAGGAAAAGGGAUUCGAUUAAAUCAAAAAGAUGAAAAUAUUUAUUUGGAGUCCCUUAGCGAUUCUGCUGUUUUUGUUCAAUGCCCUCUUUUUGCACGUAAAAAUGGUGAUGAAUUAGCUACUGUUUACAGACUCAAAGCAAGUGAUGCUUCUACCUCUUCCUCUAAUGGAUCGAAACCAUUUUGCCUUUUUGACAUGAAAAUGUUUGACACUUUAUUAACUGAGGCUCGUUUACUUGGUUAUAAUGCUUUGUAUAUGUUACAGAUUUAUUGCCUUUGUAGAAUUAGUUUUGUUAAAGGUUGGGGCCAGGAAUAUAGACGACAAACAAUUAGUUUGUUUUUUUAAUUUUUUAUGAUAGAAUUAUUUUUGAUUGGAGUAUAAAUAAAGACUGGGCUUGAGGUUUGGUCGGGUUCGUGAAUUUUUAUUUCGAUUUUUGAAAGGAAUCUCAUCUCGGUUCCUUCGGAUUUUUUCGGUCAAAUACUCUUAAAGGGCAAAUUAAUUCUCCUAUUUUUUAAAAUUUUCCAAUAUUUUUCUAAAUUCCUAUCUAACACGGAGAGGUUGCGAGGUGUCCGACCUAAAAACGGUCGACCUCUCCGUGUA